AUGUCCCAACGCCGUAGGGACACGAAUACCCUCUCCACCCAUGUUAAGCAGCAUGUCGUCGGAUUCAAAAGCCGCCACCACCUUCCCCACACGGCUUCAGAUGGUUCUGGAAACAUCGAUCUGAACCCUACUUGGGGCGCAACUCUUAAUCUCAAAGCAUUGCUCAUCACCCUCCGAGAGAGACGUCUCCGAGUCCGAGAGAGCUUGAUCUUUCAGCUGGGCAUUCUCCCAAGACCGCGAUGGCGAAUUCUGGCCAGGCGGCUUCGAGGCAGAACCUAA